AUGGACGAAACCCCUGAGCCCGCCAAGAACUCCCGCGGUGUCCUUCUGGACACGUAUGGCAACGAGUUUGAGAUUCCCGACUACACGAUCAAGCAGAUCCGCGAUGCCAUUCCCAAGCACUGCUUUGAGCGCUCCGCCAUUCGUGGUCUUGGCUACGUCGCCCGCGAUCUCGCUUCGCUGGCCACUACCUUCUACGUAUUCCACAAAUACGUGACCCCUGAGACGGUGCCCUCGAUGACGGCUCGUGUACUGCUCUGGACUCUGUACACCGUCCUCCAGGGUUUCUUCGGUACUGGUCUGUGGAUUCUGGCCCACGAGUGCGGCCACCAGGCCUUCUCUCCCUACAAGAUCCUCAACGACACCGUCGGCUGGAUCUGCCACUCCUUUCUCCUUGUCCCCUACUUCUCCUGGAAGAUUUCCCACGGCAAGCACCACAAGGCUACCGGCAACAUGGAGCGUGACAUGGUCUUCAUUCCCAAGACGAGGGCCGUUUACGCCACUCGCGUCAGCCGUGCCAUUCACGAGCUCCACGAGUUGACUGAAGAGACUCCGAUUGCUACCUUCAUUCACACUUUCGGUCAACAGAUUGGCGGAUGGCCCAUGUACCUCAUGGCCAAUGUCACCGGGCACAACAACCAUGACCGCCAGCCAGAGGGCAAGGGCAAGGGCAAGAAGAACGGCAUGUUUGGGGGUGUUAACCACUUCAAUCCCUCCAGCCCUCUAUUCGAGAAGAAGGACGAGCAUCUAAUCCUGCUCAGUGAUCUUGGUCUUGCUAUCGUCAUCGCCGGCCUUACCUGGGUUUACAAGAACUAUGGUUUCAACAACCUGCUCGUCUGGUACAUCAUCCCCUACCUCUGGGUCAACCACUGGCUCGUUGCCAUUACCUUCCUGCAGCACACCGACCCCUCCCUGCCUCACUACGAUGCUGAGACCUGGACCUACACUCGUGGCGCUGCUGCCACCAUUGACCGUGAAUUCGGAUUCAUCGGACGCACUCUUCUCCACGGCAUUGUCGAGACCCAUGUUCUUCACCACUACAUCUCCACCAUUCCCUUCUACCACGCUGAUGAGGCGACCGAGGCCAUCAAGGUCGUCAUGGGCAAGCACUACCGUUCUGACGUCAAGGAAGGCCCCAUUGGGUUCUUGAAGGCCAUCUGGAAGGCUUCACGUUGGUGCCAGUGGGUUGAGCCCAGUGUUGGUGCUCAGGGUGAGGGCAAGGGCGUCCUGUUCUUCCGCAACUCAAACGGUCUUGGUGUCCCCCCAGCGAAGAUCGAGCCGGUCACGGCGACCAAGUCGGCGCCCGCAAAGGCGGCCAAGAUGCAGAUUGGUGCUGACAGCGACAAUGAGUAA